UUUAUUAUUAUUAUUUUUCCCCCCUACUUCGUCUUCCGUGGAGCGCCGUGGAGAGGAUGUAAGGAUCCGAACCCGCCGUGUCUCGCUGAAGUCUCCUCAUCAAAAUGCAGAAGGGAAUACGGCUCAAUGAUGGUCAUGUCACCUAUUUGGGGCUUUUGGCAAAAAAAGACGGCACGCGACGGGGGUGUUUGAGCAAGAAAACCUCCGACAACACGAAAUGGCACACAAAGUGGUUCGCUUUGCUGCAAAAUAUGCUUUUUUAUUUUGAGAACGAGUCCAGUUCCCGGCCGUCGGGAUUAUACCUGUUGGAAGGCUGCACAUGCGACAGAGCGCCUUCGCCCAAAUCUUCACUGAGCGCCAAGGAGUGCUUGGAAAAGCAGUACUACUUCACUGUCAGUUUCACCCACGAAAACCAAAAGGCACUGGAGUUACGAACAGAAGAUGUAAAGGACUGCGAUGAAUGGGUGGCUGCAAUAUCACAUGCCAGUUACAGAAACUUGGCCACCGAGCAUGAGACUCUCAUGCAGAAGUAUCUUCAUCUCCUUCAGAUUGUGGAGACAGAGAAAACUGUUGCUAAGCAACUUCGACAACAGAUAGAAGACGGGGAAAUCGAGAUUGAACGGCUUAAGUCAGAGAUUGCCGGCCUGCUCAAAGACAACGAAAAGAUCCAUGCGAGCCCCGCUGCCGUUCCGACUGAGGAUGACUCCGAGAUUAAAAAGAUCAAAAAGGUUCAGAGCUUCCUGCGAGGCUGGAUCUGCAGGAGAAAGUGGAAGAACAUCAUUCAGGAUUACAUCCGCUCACCACACGCUGAGAGCAUGAGGAAGAGGAAUCAGGUGGUGUUCAGCAUGUUGGACUCAGAGGCCGAGUACGUCCAGCAGCUUCACAUUCUGGUCAACAACUUCCUGAGGCCGCUCCGCAUGGCCGCCAGCUCUAAGAAGCCGCCAAUCACUCAUGAUGAUGUCAGCAGCAUCUUCCUCAACAGUGAAACUAUUAUGUUUCUACAUCAGAUAUUUUACCAGGGUCUAAAAGCCAGAAUAGCAAGCUGGCCGACAUUAGUGCUGGCUGACCUUUUCGACAUCCUGCUGCCAAUGCUGAAUAUCUACCAGGAGUUUGUGAGGAACCAUCAGUACAGUCUGCAGAUUCUGGCUCACUGCAAGCAGAACCGGGACUUUGACAAGCUGCUGAAACAAUACGAGGCCAAGCCCGACUGUGAGGAGAGAACUCUGGAGACUUUCCUCACAUACCCAAUGUUUCAGAUUCCCCGCUACAUUCUGACCCUCCAUGAACUGCUGGCUCACACACCCCAUGAGCACAUAGAGCGAAACAGUCUGGACUAUGCAAAAUCCAAGCUGGAGGAGCUUUCCAGAAUCAUGCACGAUGAAGUGAGUGAGACAGAGAACAUCAGAAAGAACCUGGCAAUAGAGCGCAUGAUUGUGGAAGGUUGUGAGAUUCUCCUCGACACCAGCCAGACUUUUGUAAGACAAGGGUCUCUCAUUCAGGUCCCAAUGAGUGAGAAGGGUAAGAUCACACGUGGGCGCCUGGGCUCUCUGUCUCUGAAGAAGGAGGGCGAGAGGCAGUGCUUCCUCUUCUCCAAGCAUCUAAUCAUCUGCACCCGAGGUUCCGGGGGAAAGCUUCAUCUCACCAAGAAUGGAGUCGUGUCACUAAUAGACUGCACGCUCAUGGAGGAACCAGACGGAACAGAUGAUGAGUCCAAAUCUGAGAAGAGUGGACAGGACAUGGAACACCUGGACUUCAAGAUCGUGGUUGAGCCAAAGGACAGCCAGUCAUUCACAGUCAUCCUGGUGGCCUCCUCCAGGCAGGAGAAGUCUGCAUGGACCAGUGACAUCAGUCAGUGCAUAGACAACAUUCGUUGCAAUGGGCUGAUGAUGAACGCCUUUGAAGACAAUUCUAAAGUCACCGUACCACAGAUGAUUAAAUCAGACUCCAGCCUGUACUGUGACGAUGUGGACAUCCGCUUCAGUAAGAUGAUGAAUUCCUGCAAGGUGCUACAGAUCCGUUAUGCCAGUGUGGAGCGCCUUCUGGAGAGACUGACCGACCUCCGCUUCUUGUCCAUCGACUUCCUCAACACCUUCCUGCACUCGUAUCGUGUGUUUACAACUGCUGACGUGGUGCUCGACAAACUCAUCACCAUCUACAAGAAGCCCAUCAGUGCCAUCCCUGCUCGGUCCUUGGAGCUAUUCUUUGCUAGCAGUCAAAACAACAAACUCCUGUAUGGAGAGUCUCCAAACUCCCCCAGGGCCAGUCGAAAGUUCUCCUCCCCUCCUCCUCUGGCUAUCGCUAAAAAUUCAUCACCCAACCGUCGCCGCAAACUCUCUCUCAAUAUCCCCAUCAUCACCGGGGGCAAAGCUCUUGACCUGGCUGCCCUCAGCUGCUCAUCAAAUGGCUAUGCAAGCAUGUACUCCUCCAUGACCCCAUUCAGCAAGACCACCUUGGACAUCAACAAACUCUACGUGAACAGCCCUAUCACGAGCAAAAUCCCUGAUGAGGAAGAGGACAAAAAGGACAAGGUGGAGGAUUCCUCUGCAUGCAAACAAGAGCUCUCUGUGCGAGAAGAAAGUGAUAACGAUCAAAACCAGAGUGAUGAGGCAGACACGGAAGCCUCGCCCACGAAGUCACCAACCACCCCCAAAAAUGUCAAAUGCAAAAACUCUUCAGAGUUCUCACUGUUUUCCUACAACAAUGGCAUGGUGAUGUCCUCAUGCCGGGAGCUGGAAAACAACCGUAGUGCCCUAUCUGCUGCCUCUGCCUUUGCUAUUGCUACAGCCGGAGCCAAUGAGGGAACCCCCACCAAGGAAAAGUAUCGACGGAUGUCCCUCGCCAGCACAGGCUUUCCGACAGAUCAGAGGAAUGGAGACAAAGAGUUUAUCAUCAGACGGGCAGCGACCAACAGAGUUCUGAAUGUGCUGAGACACUGGGUGUCCAAACACUCUCCGGACUUUGAGAGUAAUAAUGAGCUGAAGACAAAGGUCAUUGCCUUCCUGGAGGAAGUGAUGCACGACCCUGAGCUGUUGACCCAGGAGAGGAAGGCAGCAGCCAACAUCAUCAGGACUCUAACUCAGGAAGAUCAUGGUGACAAUCAGAUCAGCCUUGAAGAAGUAAUACAAUUGGUGGAGGGAGGGAAGGCAGAGGGAUUUGAGAACCACUCUGCUUUGGAAAUCGCCGAGCAGCUGACACUGCUGGACCACCUGGUUUUUAAAGUCAUCCCUUAUGAGGAAUUCUUUGGCCAAGGCUGGAUGAAGAAUGACAAAAAUGAGAAGACACCAUACAUCAUGAGAACAACUAAGCACUUCAACGAUGUAAGUAACCUGAUAGCCACAGAGAUCCUGCGCUGUGAUGAUGUGGUCACUCGGGUUGCAGUCAUAGAGAAAUGGGUGGCUGUGGCGGACAUCUGUCGCUGUCUCCACAAUUACAAUGCCGUGCUUGAGAUCACCUCCUCCCUCAACCGCAGCUCUGUCUUCCGUCUCAAGAAGACAUGGCUAAAAAUUUCCAAACAGACAAAAGCUCUGAUAGACAAGCUUCAGAAACUGGUCUCGUCAGAAGGAAGGUUCAAAAACCUGAGAGAAGCUUUGAAGAACUGUGAUCCUCCCUGUGUGCCCUAUCUGGGCAUGUACCUCACUGACCUGGCUUUCAUUGAGGAGGGAACACCAAAUUACACAGAAGACAACUUGGUCAACUUUUCAAAGAUGAGGAUGAUUUCCCACAUCAUCAGAGAAAUCAGGCAGUUUCAGCAAACAGCAUAUAAGAUUGAUCUCCAAACAAAGGUAGCCCAGUAUCUGCUGGACAGCAGCUGUGUUCUCGAUGAAGAAAGCAUGUAUGAAGCUUCACUCAGAAUUGAGCCUAAAGUGCCCAACUGAAAGAGAUGACAGUCAUCUACAUUUUUUCCUCUGUUAAUAUGCCACAUUAUUUAACACAUGCACAUUAGAUUUUGUAUAGUUGUACAUGUUUAAAAUAUUCGAUUUUCUGUACAGUAGAUAUUUACACAAAACUAGAUAUUUACACAAAACAUUACACUGCACUUUUUUAUGUCAAAAUGUCAUACACCAUAUGCUUGAAAUUUAUUUUUAAUUGCUAUUUCAGUUAGAAUUGGGGCUUUUAAAGCAUAAUAACAGAGGUCACUGGGUGCACUAAGAUGUCUACUUUGUGACCAAUGACAUUAUUUUGCAUCGCUUCACAUCAACUCAAAUGUGCACUUUUUGAGUCCUCACGCUGCCAGCUGUGGUUCUCUUUGCUCGAGUUUAUUGAUAAUUGCAACAAAUGUAGCAUUUUCAAUAUGUAACCACAUCAAAUCAGGUAUAGCGCACAGGUAAUAUAAUUGUAUUUGGUGAUGGCAAACUAUUUUUAGCGUACACAAAGCAGGACUGCCUCUGUGCUUCUCAAACCAAAAAAA